AUGGCGUGGUGGGGCCUGUUGGCGGGGCCUCCCAACUUCUUCGAAGGUAAUGUCUGUUCGAGGCCUACCUGUCUCUCUUUUGGCGCACUUCAAGACUGGACGCAAUUUGUGUAUGGAUCGUCUGUUCCUACUACCACUGCCUAUCAUCGAACGAUCUUUUGCGCGCGCUGUAGAAAUCGGCUCACCAUUCAUGCCGAGUAUCAGCGCGUUAUUAUGUUACCGCAGGCAGCUACUCUUCAUCCUCCUCGCGGUCCCGGAACAGCACGGCCCCUUGCUCUGCAGGCUGGUGCUGCAGCAGGUUCGGCAGUCCCGUUACCUGUUGCAUUUACAGCUGCUCCAGUCGGUCAAGUUGGCCCUGUUCCUCCGCUUGGUGCUGGACCUGCGCCAGGUGGCCUUCUUCCUGUCCAAGGUGGCGUCGCAGGUCACCUUCCUGCUAUUCAGUAUGGUCAUCUGGGUCCACUGUCUGGUAACACUCCUGCCCAGGCUGGUGCUUCAGCUCUACAGCCCAAUAUCUCCGCUCCUUUGCCUUCAGCUGGACCUCCGAGUCAUCAAGCUGCUACGCCAGGUGGCUUGCCUCCAACUCAACAAGCCGCUACUCCGGCUCUGUUUCCCGGUAACCUUGCUGCCGCUCAACAAGGUGCUCUAGGUCCAGGGCUCGGUAACGCACUUCCUACCCAAGCUGGAGCUUCGACUCAACAAGCUGCUUCUCUACUUCCGCCGGCAGGUGCUCGACCUCCCUACAUGUCUCCUUACGGCCCUCUUACUGCGUCAAAUGGACCGCUUCCGUACAACACGCCUUACGGCCCUGUUUAUGCACCAGGUGGCCAUCUUCCUGGGCAACUCGGUGCGCCAGCUCUAGCUUCAACCACUGGUAAUCUUCCCUUUGUGCCUGGUUACCAUCCUCAUGCUGCUACUCCAGGCGGUCCCCCUGCACCCGGCGACCUCGCUCAUACGCCAGAUGGCACCUCUCAUGCGCAACAAGCUACUCCAGCUCCCCGUGGCUUGACCCCUUUCAUCUUCCGGGCUGGCCCAAUUCCUGCUCAAUUCGGCGCCCCUGUUCAGACUGGCCAUUCGUUUGUGCAAUCAAGCUAUCCUGCUGCUCAAACUGGUGUACCAGCUCAAUAUCCAAGUGCACCAGCUCCAUACCCAGGUGCAUCAGCUCCAUACCCAGGUGCACCAGCUUUAUACCCAGGUGCAUCAGCUCCAUACCCAGGUGCACCAGCUUUAUACCCAGGUGCAUCAGCUCCAUACCCAGGUGCUCCUCUUCUUGGCCAAACUAGCCCCUUUCCUGGUCCCUUUCCUGGCGUCUUCCCAAGCUUACUUUCCGACACCCCUCAGACUGGCGAAUCGGCACCUCGAACUCAUCUUCCUGCGCUCUCAACAGGUGCCGUAUCUCCGGCAGAUGAUGAUCAGCCCGAUUCUCUACUUCCUAGCCGUCUUGUUCGAGCUGCUCGUCCUCGAGCUGCCCCUCGUCGUUCUCAGGCCGCUCCUCCCCCUGCGCACUCAACCAGUGCUGUAUCUCCAGCAGAUGAUGAUCAGCUCAAUUCCCUACUUCCUACUCGUCUUGUUCGAGCUACCCGUUCUCGUGUCCCGAAUCGACGUCCUUUGGGCCCUCGUCCUUCAGGUCCUCGUCCUGGUCGAGCUGCUUCUCCUGUCCAAGCUGGUCAACAUCUUCUCCAAGCUGCUCAUACUAUCGCCCAAGCUAGUCGUGCUCCGUUCGCACAACUCCUUGAUCGUGGAAAUCGUCAAGAAAGCGAUCCGAACUGGCCGGAUAGAUAUCCUGCAGUCGCCGUGCGCAACGUAAAUCCAACCCAAGCCAUGAUUGAUGCAUUUCCACAAUCAGAGUUUCUUCCUCUCGAAGAAGGUGAGCGAUACAUUAUCAUCUCUCAAGAAAGUGACGGUCAUGUUGCUGCAAGGGAUUUUGCUGGCAACGAGGGCUGGGCGCCUUGGGACGCCUUCGAUGUGGGAGAGGAGGCAUCGUGUGAUGAAGAUAUCUUCAACAAUUUGGAAGCUCUCGAACGUCGUCCUGUGGUCAUCACCAUUGACGAAGACGCCGAAAACGGUCACAUUCUCGCGAGAGCCAUCCUGGGGCUCCCCCACGCUUUGUACCAGAACAGAGACGACCUCACAAACUACAACUCGGCUCUGACUACAGAUUUCGAUACUGCUGAGAAAAGAAUCAAAAUCGCGCAGAUCUUUUACGACGGUAUCAAGGCUGUACCAGCAGACCCGGAACGUGAUCCAGGAACAACCAAGACUCUCUACGAAAGUCUUUCCACUCCGGAUUACACUAUCGACAGUUUCCGCCAGGGUCGCGCUGUUGAACGUUUGGAUGCCCCCAACAGAGUCAUCAUUUACGUCUGGAUUCAUUCCGACUUCACACAGACUGACGAACAAAAUUUUGGAGGCGAACCAGAUGAAGAGGUAGACUUUGACAGUGAUGUCGAGUCUGAACAAGGAGCUUUCGAAGAAGAAGACGAAGGUGUCGAUCCUGAGGUCGAUCCUGGUCAAGAGGUCGAUCUUGGUCAAGAGGUCGGUCCUGGUCAAGAGGUCGAUCCUGGUUUUGAAGCAGGUUCCAGUUCCGAAACACGCCCCGGUCGAAAGGCCGAUCCUGGCCGGAAGCCAGAACCAUACAUGGGUAGGACGAGACGUCCCGGCUUCAGGUUAUACACGCACAACCAUUGGAAGACCUCUUCCAGGCCUACGAAGAGUGUCAACUACCGAGCAGCGCGUCAAGCUGAACAAAGCACAAUGUACCAUGUUUGUGAGCUCGACCUCGAGAACUACAAGUUCAUAUGGUACUGCGAGCAGAUGGUCAUCUUGCUUUUCGAAACCUCUUGCCGUGAACUGCGCGAACUUGCUUCAGGCGCUUCUUCAGAAAGAAAAGACCAACAAGCCGAUGCUCUUUUGCUCACCCGCAUCGCCCGUGACGUUUUCUCUGCUACAGGAUGGCCUGGAGGCUGCAUAUCCAACCCCAACUUCGGAAGUUCUUUUGGCAAGAAUUGGUCCAAUCCUGUGGAUGAUGCUUUGUAUGAAAAGCUUACUUGGACAAGAUCUUAUCAAGAGGGUAGCGGUCUGGUGUUUCGACGCCCUCCGAAAAUCUUAAGAAUCAAUGCAGCACUCCUUACUUUCGGUAAAUGGAACUUGCAAUGUCCUUCAGGGCAAAUUCCUAGAGGCACCGAGAUUUACAUCUCGUUCGAGUUCGCUAAAGACGCGAAUCAAAAUCCCCGUCGUCAUCCCCACGCAUGGGUGGGAACAAUAGUUCCUAGUCUGUUUGGCAUGACUCAUGUCGAAAAAGCACUCUCUUGGGCUCUUCGAGUUGAAUGGUUAGAAGGAGAUACGCCUAGGGCGGCAUACCUUCAACGCAAGUACAACAGAAAGAUUCAACCGUUCAAGCCAUGUGCAUUCAUCCAGUAUGUGGCCGCAAUGGCGGUCUACUCACACUUUCACCAAGAGAUCUCUCUCGUUGAUCCCGACGACUCGGAUCUAGACUUCAUGGCUAAGUUUGGUGCUCCAACUGCAGAUGUGGUUGAAGAACGAUUUGACUACCUCAACCGAGUCAUGAAUUUCGAGCCAGUCAACGAUUUGAAGAUUCUCGAUGCUGACCACAGCCCUCGCUUGCUUACGGAAGCGGAAAAGCUGGACAAGUAUAACGAGGCCUUCUCUCAGGUACCUAAUGCCAGAUUUGGUGGACCCCCAGGAGACCAGCAGGCCUGCGACCAUUGUAAAUGGUUCGGCUGUGGGUGCUUUCCUCAAGUGGCGGCCGAUCAAGCAGAUAAUGACACAGCCAAGCCGUGCAUCACUUGCGCAGAGCGCAACAUGCUAUGCACCUUCUCUAACAUCACCAGCUGGGACGACUUCGCUACUCUGUCUCAUCCCCUUGGAGAUAUCGAUGCAGACGUGUUCAUUUCUGGUGCAAUUCCUGCUCGAGAUAUCCAGAGGAGGGCAGGUGGGGUGUCCACUGCGCCUUCCAUGUUCGUUCAGAAGUCGGUAUUGCCAAAUGACCUCAAGGCUUCCAGAGAAUCACGAAGCCUCUUCUCUUCUGCCAUGGACCAAAAUGCCAAAAUGGUCGCCGUAUACGCCGCCACUGGAGUCGACGAGAAAACCCCUCUCGGCACCACCGCCUCCGGAGGCGUUAGGCUUCCGCCGACGAUACCAAUGGAAUUUAGAUAUAUGGAGGCUGAGAAGCAGCAAGAGAGCAAGGAGCGCAGACAAAAAAAGAAAGAAGAGGAAGCGGAGCAGAAACGGUCCGAGCUCUCGGCUGUCAACGCCAAGCCCACAGACGCACCAAAGGCAUCUUUUGAGAGCUUGCCCUUUCCUUCAUUUCCUCUUCCUUCAUCACCGCACUUAUCUCGACAAUACUGCCAAGAUGAGAGCCAAGUGGAGAAAGAAGAGAGUUCGCAGACUGAAGCGCAAGAGAAGAAAGACGAGAGCCAGAUCCAAGUAAAUGACUCGCCCCGACAACUCGAUCAUAACGGCUCCUUAAUUUAA